AUGGAUCCCAAGAAGACACCCGAGAAGGCUCCUCCCAAAGAAGCCUCGAGCCCUCAAAGUACAGGCGCUUCUACAUCUGCCACCGCGGGCAGCAGUCAGACCUCCACUGGAGCAGUGUAUACCAGCACACUAUUUUCGUAUCCUCCAUCAGCUACCCAGCGCCACGACUUACAGGGCAUCGGAAGCUGGAUAGUGAAUAGGGAUGGUGUACCUACCUAUCGCUACGCCGAGGAGGGGACAGAGAUGGUCAGAGGCCACCAUGCAGGAAAUGGUAAGUAA